UGGAGUCACGUGAGUUAUUUGAGGUAAAGGACAGCGGUGCUGUUUUAAAGUAGUGAGUGUGUCUGCUUGUGUUUUUAAGUGUACUUAAUAUCCAACACCUUUUGCUAAAUGUGUCGUAAUCUCGUUUGGAUUAGUUUUCUGACCAGAUCUUUUAAUGCUUGUGCAUCGCUAUCGGUCUUAGAACGUGAAUCUUAAUACUCUUCUCUGUCUAAUUGACAACAUUUGAUCUUCGUCGGGUCGAGCGCGUUGAAUUCAAUGUAAACAAAUCCAGUUUCGCGGUUUUCAUCCACAAACUCGUCUGGAAUCACCGUCAGCGGCUUUCACCAGCCUCUCAAGUGUCUUGGAGUCAGCAGGAGAUGAUCUGGCCGUUUAGUCAGGCCUUGGACUAAAGUUGAAGCCAUUUAAUCGAGUCUGUCAAGACUGUCAGAUUCGUCGCGAGGCCUCUUAUCUGUGGAUGAGGAAGUGAACGGACCGAGCUCACCCAGGAGAAAGGAUCCCAUUUGAUGGGAGAAUCCUCUUUCCUUUACUCCUGGGUGAACCGGUGAUCUGUCAAAAUGGAUGAGCAGGAGGCCCUGAAUUCCAUCAUGCAAGACCUGGUGGUGCUUCACCGAUCCAGUCGACCAUCUGUUCUGCCUGACCUGGGCAAACCCAAGGCCUCCUCUCCCAAGAACCAGAAUGAUGUAAGGGUGAAGUUUGAGUACAGAGGAGAGAAGAGGAUCCUGCAGUUCCCUCGACCUGUCAGUCUUGACGAUCUGAGCACCAAAGCUAAAGUAGCAUUUGGGCAGACCAUGGAUCUGCAUUACACCAAUAAUGAGCUUGUGAUUCCGUUGAGUACUCAGGACGACCUGGAUAAAGCUGUGGAGCUGUUGGAUCGAUCAGUGCAUAUGAAGAGCCUAAAAAUCCUGCUUGUGCUCCCCUCCUGUACUCAGAACACUGUCUCCAGUAAGGACCUGUUGCCAACUCACGAGAACUUGGACAACACAGACUUCAGUGUUGCAGAUAAAAAGAGCAUGUUGGCACUCAUAGGUUCUCAGUCAACCGAUCGUAGCUCUCCUCCUCCGGGCUAUAUUCCUGAUGCUCUCCAGCAUGUGGCCAGAAACGGCUCUUUCACAAGCAUCAACAGUGAGGGCGAGUUCAUACCAGAGAGCAUGGACCAGAUGCUGGACCCUCUGUCUAUGAGCAGUCCUGAGAAUUCAGCUUCAGGCAGCUGUCCUUCACUGGACAGUCCACUUGAUAGUGAUACCUAUCCUAAAUCCCGUAUGCCUCGAGCCCUGAGCUACCCUGAUAACCAUCAAGAGUUCCCUGAGUACGAUAUACCAGUGUUUGAAAAAUCAGGGAAGGGAGGAACCUAUCCUAGGCGAUUUCCCAUCUCGUUUGGUCUACACGACUACAGCGAUGGGCGAAAGACCUUUCCCAGGGCGCGUCGGACUCAGGCUCAUGGUUUUCGUUCUCCGGUGAGUUUCAGUCCGACAGAGCAGCAGAGCCUCAGUACUAGCAGUGGAAGCAGCAUCUUCACUCCUGAGCUAGAGGAACCGGGGCGCAGACGCCGCGGUAGCGACAUAGAGCCCAGCUCUAACCCCACUCUCUCAGUCAUGGACAUCAGCCCUCCAAGCCGCUCCCCUCGGGCUCCCACAAACUGGCGUCUAGGGAAGCUUUUGGGACAAGGAGCGUUCGGGCGAGUGUUUUUGUGCUACGAUGCUGACACAGGCAGAGAACUGGCUGUUAAACAGGUGCAGUUUGAUCCGGAUAGCCCAGAAACCAGCAAGGAGGUGAGCGCUCUGGAGUGUGAAAUUCAGCUGCUGAAAAAUCUGUUCCAUGAGCGCAUUGUUCAGUACUAUGGCUGCUUGCGGGAUACACAUGAAAGAACUCUUUCCAUUUUUAUGGAGUACAUGCCUGGGGGCUCCAUUAAAGACCAGCUGAAGUCUUAUGGUGCUCUGACGGAGAACGUCACACGUAAAUAUACACGGCAGAUACUAGAAGGCGUAUGCUACCUGCAUAGUAACAUGAUCGUCCAUAGAGAUAUCAAAGGUGCCAAUAUCCUUCGGGACUCUGCGGGUAAUGUGAAGCUGGGUGACUUUGGAGCGAGUCGGCGGCUCCAGACCAUCUGCCUGUCCGGAACGGGCAUUAAGUCAGUGACGGGUACACCUUACUGGAUGAGCCCUGAGGUCAUCAGCGGAGAGGGCUAUGGCAGGAAAGCUGAUAUCUGGAGCAUCGGCUGCACCGUGGUGGAGAUGUUGACACAGCGGCCGCCCUGGGCAGAGUUCGAAGCAAUGGCAGCCAUUUUUAAAAUCGCCACACAGCCCACCAACCCCACUCUUCCGCCUCACGUGUCGGACCACUGCCGCGAUUUCCUUAAACGGAUUUUUGUGGAGACUAAACAGCGUCCAGCUGCUGAGGACCUAUUACGGCACACUUUCGUCCACUAGCCACUCCCUCUUCCACCUCUGACCAAUCAGAGACUUCCAGAAGUGUCCGUAGGACCAUCCAUUUUUCAGACUCAUCCCAGCAGGCUAAGAGCCCCUACUCGGAUCAGAGCGGAUAGUGAAGAGGGCAGUGGCCUAAUCUCACACGUCUGCUGGAGCAGGAGGGUUGAUUUGGAGCAGCUCGAUUCCAUAUGAAAACAUUGCACCUUAAUUUCACUCAGGGGGUAAGUACCCCUAAAGACUAAACGGAAGUCGGUACCCGAAAAAAACUUGAGGAUGUUGUCUUUUAAAGGCUUUCUUUUAUUAAUUUUUAAUGUUUUGAUACCCCCAUGAUUGUGGAGAGCCUUUGCUCUGGGGAGUCCGGUUGGGUUCUGGAUGCAGGAAGAUCUUUGAAUGUCAACCCCAGAACAAGGCAGGUACACCAAUACGCUGCUAAAGGGUAAAAGGAAAGAAUUAAACAACAGAAUAGAUGACAGGAUGCAUGAGACUCUCCAGCCCGGCUGUCUUGGCUUCUAAAAGUUCUAAUUUUCUUCCGCAGUCCUCCUAGAACAUACAUAAACAAGUACAUGAACUCUGAUGGAAGCUCUUACUGUAGAAUAUUUACUCACUAUGCUGUACAAACAUUUGCGUUUGCUGAACUCUCUCUCACCUUCUGAUUGCAACCACAUAACGGAGUGUAUCCUCUCUUUCUAGCUCUAGAAUUCGUCAGGAUCAUGUUCCUGUUUCUGCUUCGUUUCUGUUUUUACUGUGUGCCUUUUUAUGACGUCUCCCUCCUCUGUUUUUGUAUGCUGCUCUGUCUUAAGUGUCCGAUCAUUUUUCUAGAAUUUUAUAGGUUUAAUGCACAGCUACUCCCAGCUAGUCUUUCUGUCUGGAAUUAUUUAGGACAGUUCGGCUCUUCACACUGUUUCUAGAUCAGCAUAAACAGCCUCUUGCCUUUCCCCCUUUGGUCCCUCUGCUGGCAAACUGAUCUCGGGUCAGGUUCAGCUGUGCAUUCUCUUAACACAGUGCCGUACACUUCGAUCUGAUCAGGUAGGCGGGUUGAACACACUCACUCACCAAAGCCAAAAAGACUAAACUAAAAAACCCAGACCACACAGGCAGGGUUUAGUGCCUGGACAUUUUACAGUAAGAAUCACUCUGAUUCCAGUAUAAAUCUAAAGUACACAGAGAGUUAAGGUCCUUGCACACUGACUUCGAAAUUUUCAUAUGCGUUUUUUUCGUAUUCGUCAUCCUUUCCUUUCAAAAUGCUUGCUACGGAUGCGAAAACGCUGAUCAAACCUGAGCCUAAUUUUUAAUUGUUAUUUAUUUUAAAAAAAAAAUUAUGAUGGGCGCAAGUUUCGGAGGCAGUUUGGAAACAUGAGGUUGUAUUUAUUUUUUAAGGUGUGAAAAUUUCGAACUCAGCGUGCAGAGACCUUCAGAGCUGAAUGGAGAAAUGGAUUGCUCUUAAUAUAAAGUUGACACUGUAAGUGCACUUCUAGUGAAGACCACACAACCUGAAUCUGUUCUGCUGAUAUUUUCCAUUCCAGACGUCUGAUGUUCCAAUUCAUCAGAAAUCUUCUUCACUCUAACGUAUUUCUAUAGGUGUCAGAAUAUGCAGAAUUUCACAAAUCCUAACAAUACUCAGCACUUGACAGUACUAACGGUUUGCCUAUAAAUGAACCUCGCUAUCUCACGAUGCCUUGGGACAGGACGUUUCACCCGUUCACACUCUUUGUCAAGCACUUGGUUACACACUUUCUGCUAGUGAACGCUUCGGAAUAUUUUAGUGCUGUAGUGCCUGCCUUCAGACAUAGGUGAUAACGUACCUUUUUGGGGUUACCCUAGCUCCCUCCUUAAUCCAUUAGGUUUGUUUCCUUGUGUCACAAUCUGCCGUUCUUAAUUAGAAAGCUAUUUAUUCUUCUCCUCAUAAUUAUGAGAGUAUGGUAUUAGUGAGUUACCAUAUGCUUGUUCAUUUAAUCAUUUUAGAAUGGAAACACAAUUCAAAUUUAAGCAGCAGUUUCAUGUUGCUUACUUGUAGUGACCUGAGAAUAAGAAUAAGUUUCAAAUUUUUGGUCCGUUCACACAGGACACGUUCUUGUAUUCUCUGUCUUUUGUAUUACACAUGUGGGUCGAUGACAGUAUGUCAUAAUAAAUAAUAAAAAAGAGCAUUUGUAGCAUAAUAUUAAAUUGGUUGUAACUGUCCUGAUAUCAUAAUAAAGAAUAAAGCUUACAUUAAAAUACAUUUUAAAAAGUCAUUUGACUGAAGAUAAAAAUUAUUUUGACUAUUUAUUUUUAGUCUUUUGUUAUUUUGUUUAAAAAACUUUUUUUUUUAAACACUUGAACUGUUGUUUGCCAAAAGCAAUUUUGGCUAAAACGUUCAAGCUGAUAGUCACAAGAAAAAAAUCUUAAAUCAGGAAAAUAUAACCCAUUUCUUAAGAUGUAUGACCAUAACUGUUUUUAUGACUGGUUAGGUUAGGAUGUUAAAUAUAAUGUGAUGUUUUUUUACUCAAAUUAUUUAUUUUUUGUUAAAUGAUAAAAAUGUACACUCAAUUGUAUUCAAGUGAUGUUAUUGGUAACUUCAUUUUUAAAGUUAUUAAACACCAACUCGUGAGAACAAAACGUACUUUGUUUUUUAAGGAAUGAUGAAUGCUACUAUAUAUCAUUGACCCAUGUGUCCUCGGCUCAUUGUUCGUUUUAAAACAAUGAACGAACUAACUCGAUCUUUAACCUCUUCUUUUCAGAUGUGAUCAGUCUAGGUGUGUCAGUGCGAGAACUCGUCCUGUGUGAACGCUCUAACUGUAGCAGUGUAAACUACCCCGGGACGAUAGAUUGUGAUAAAAUAAGAGAAUCUAGCAUUUUGCUGUCAGUUAGAGUAACUAUAGCAAUGAGUCUGCAUGUGGUACUCGUUUUUCACACUCCAAGCAAACGUUUGCAGUUUUCUGUUAGUGACUAAGAAAGUCUACCUCCAUAGUGUAGAGUUACUUAGGAAUGAUUUCAUGCGGCUGUUCCGGAUCAUGAUAUCUGGGAGUGAAGGACAUGGAAGACGCGCUCACACAAUAGAUCUACUGUAUUAGCAGUUCUCUAUCUGGGGCCGCCUUCUGUCAUUUAGACACGGGCCCACUUUGUCGGCUCUUACCCCUUGCAGCCGUUGCCAACCCCGGGUUGCUGUGGCAGUAUUUGAAGGAAUUUCUCCGCACCCAGUAUAAUGAGCAAAAUUCUGGUCUGUAGAGUUUUAAAGUGCCAGUUCGUAGAACUAAAGCCACAUUUAUUUUCAUUUAAGCAUUACUCGUUAGGACAGUGUACAGACAUACUACACGAAAAGUAGGCAGUGUAUGUUUGUAAUGUAGGUACUGUUAAACUGUUCUUUUUGAUGCUGAAAUGUUUGCACAUUUUGAGACCAUGAUUUUUACACUGAUUUUAAUACUUUUGCCAGUGUUCAUCAGUCAUUCGGUGUGUGUGUGUGUUUGUAAGCGACAUGCGAUCUUGCAUGAGUCUGAAUGCUUGUUUUCUCUAAGCAGAUAUGAGAGAAAACGGUUACCAGCUUUGUUGGUUAGGUUGGUCACAUGGUCACUCACUGCUCUCUUAUCUGUCUGUGGUCAAUUCAUUGCCACUGUUAUGCCGCAACUUGUUCCCCAAACGAACACACUUGCGAAACGAACAGACUAAAGGAGUUCGAAAAUGAGAACCGAAUGUCUGAAUGCCGACUGGUGCCAAAGAAACUGAGUUGGACCAACAUGACUGGUAUCCUGGCCGGAGUUUGUUGUAAAGUAAAUUGAGAAUCUUCCUCCUGGAAUGUAAUGUCAGAUUUGUUUUUUUCACCACUAGGUGGCAUCAUUCAACUAUUCGCCUGUAUAUAAAUUGUUGGAUUUUUCUUCUUUGAAAUAUCUCUCCAGUUUAACAAUAGAGUUCCAUAGCUGCAGAAUGCAUUGUCUAUUUCUGAGAGUACUUACAGAAAGUAUUUCCGUGAACUCAAACAGGCUGGAUUCGUCAGUGAAACACGCCACUGCUGCCACUCCAGGGUCAUGAAUGCACUUUGUAUUUGUUGGUGUGAGUGUUAUAUCGUCUGAGUGUGUUUGACUGUCUGUGUUUCAAAGAGACUUCUUUUCUGUGUGCCAGUUGAGUGAGAUUAUUGCCAGCGCACUUAAUGCCUCGCGCCUUGUACAACUGAUGACAGAAAAGUAAUAAAAAAAAGACAAAAACAAAAGUUUAGAACUAUGAAAUGAAAUGUACGUUUUUUUUAGAUGGUACACUUAUCUGGUAUAGAACUUCUAUCUGUUGUUUGUCCUUUUUGUCUAUUGUAUGAGAAAAGCCAUGUUUAUAAUUCAAUUUGGUUUGUGACCAAUAAGCCUGUUUAUAUCAAAUCUGUAUAUCAGUGGUACCGUACGCAUAUUUUUUUUAUAUAUAUAUAUUUUUAUUUUCUCUGUUUUUUGUUUGUUUGUUUUUUUAACUCAAAUUCUAAGCAUGAUUGGCAUCAUAAAGGCCCACCGUGGCUCUGUGGUCUGCUGAUGGCAGGACUGAUCGCCCCGCCCUAUUUGCAGGAUGACAUCAUGAGAUUGUCUAUGACGGCUGGCACUCUGUAAAGUGUUGCUAAUGAUGAUGAAAAUAAAUAAUAAAAGAUAUUUAUUUCACUUUU